GAGUGGACAGAUAACUGAGUGUCAGUCGCUGUCCUGUCUUCUGGGUGAGUGCACUUCCUUCUAGGAUGCUGGGCAAGAGGCUUGGAUUUAAACUACAGAGAUAUUGAUAAGAUUCUUCAAAGUAGCCACCCUUUUCCUUGAUGACAGCUUUGCACACUCUUGGCAUUCUCUCAACCAGCUUCACCUGGAAUGAUUUUCCAACAGUCUUGAAGGAGUUCCCACUUAUGCUGAGAACUUGUUGGCUGCUUUUCCUUCACUCUGCGGUCCAAUUGGGUUGAGGUCUGGGGGAUUGUGGAGGCCAGGUCAUCUGAUGCAGCACUCCUUCACUCUCCUUCUUAGUCAAAUAACCCUUACACAGCCUGGAGGUGUGUUUUGGGUCAUUGUGCUUCUACACCUUCCUUGCUUGCUGUUUGGGGUUUUAGGCUGGGUUUCUGUACAGCACUUUGUUGUCAGGACCCGGUUACGAACCCGGGUCUCCGGAGUGAGAAACAGUCACUUAACCAACUGAGCCACGAAUAGUCGGCAGAACCCAGAAGAUGAGGCAGACACAGCAGUACUUGAGACGGUGUAUUUAAUGUAGUAAAAAGUGAAGUCCUUCAGGAACACAUGUAACUCCACAACCUCAAAAGGAAUUCCACAAGAACAAAGUAAACAUGGGCAUCCUACUGGUCCUGGUUCUCCUGCAGUUACUGGCUGUACCAUCAUUCUCUCUAACAUCACCCAGCAAUGACUACUGGGGGGAGUAUGGGGCUUAUGGGGCGUGCAGUCGCCCUUGUGGCACUGGAGUAGCCAUGAGGAUCAGGCAAUGUAUCACUGCAAGGACAGAUGGAGGAAACAACUGCGUGGGAUCUUCAAAAUCUUACCGCAUCUGUAAUAUGCAGGCAUGUCCAGCGGGAUCCAGGGAUUUCCGUGAAGAGCAGUGUGCCCAGUUUAGUAGGAUGGACUUCCAGGGCAAACGCUACACCUGGCUGCCUUACCAUGGAGCGUCCAACCCAUGUGAGCUGAACUGCGUCCCCCGUGGAGAGAACUUCUUCUACAGACACAGGCCUUCCGUGGUGGACGGGACACCCUGCUAUGUGGGGCGCAGUGACAUCUGUAUCAACGGCAUCUGCAGGGCUGUGAGAAAUGGAGAAAUCAUUGGCAUGGACCGCGAUGUGGCGCCUGCCACUCCCGCUCCCGCUGCCAACCUCCGCUACCGCGAGCCCCUCGCGUAUGCCUACACAUACAGCGCCUGGUCCGAGUGCUCGGCCCCCUGCAACAGUGGCACCCAGCACCGCAGCGUGCAGUGCAUGGUACAGGACUCGAUGGCACCCCAUGUGGUGGAUGACUCUUACUGCGUCUCCCAGCAACUGCCCAGGCCGGAAAGCCAGCAGGCCUGCAACCAGCAGGGAUGUGCCGAGUACAGCGUGUCCAGCUUCAGUGUGUGUUCGGUGACCUGUGGGGAAGGCCAGCAGACCAGGGAGGUGGUUUGCGUGGGGGCAGGAGGGGAACGCUUUGGGGACCAAGCCUGCAGUGUUCUGGUACGCCCACCUGCAGUCCAGGCCUGCCGCAAGCCAGCCUGCCACAUCCACAUCAGCUGGCACGUCCAUGACUUCGGACUGUGCUCUAUGAAUUGUGGUGGAGGGGUGCGGGAGAGGAGGGUAAUGUGUAUGGACACAGACCAGAACCCAUAUGAGGAAGACAGGUGCACCCCCCACCCUAAACCUGCUACCGUGGAGCACUGUAACACCCAGGCCUGCCAUGAACCCCAAAGUGUACCAAGUAUCCAUGACCCAACUGGACAUGACAGCACUCUGAGAGGAUAUGUACCUUAUGACUCUUCAGCCACUAACACAGUGUACGACCCCUAUUCCACCACUGUGGUUGGUCCUCACUGCUCCCAGUCAUACUACGGCUGCUGCCCCGAUGGCCACACUUCCUCCAGUGGGCAUAGAGGAGAGGAAUGUCCUGCAGAUGACUGCGUACGCACCCGGUACGGCUGCUGUCUGGAUGGGGUGACUCCUGCUCAGGGUCAUAGAAGGGCAGGAUGUCCUGAUUCCCACCCACUUGCGGACCACUCUGCUCCUGCUCAGUCUGGCCCUAUGUGUUCCCUGUCACAUGACGCUGGACCCUGUGCCAUUUGGACUUCCCGCUUCUACUACAACUCAGCCACUGGCAGUUGCACCCAGUUCUGGUUUGGCGGAUGCCAGGGCAAUGCCAACAACUUUGUCUCCAGGGACCAUUGCCAAAGGAAGUGUGGCGGUGCCGUCGUGACACCAAGAGUGGCAUCCCCACACGCACGGUCCGUGAGGGUGAGCACAAGGGCGAGGGCAUACCGUGUCCGGUCUUAAGAGACACAAGAAGAAUGUGUUUCAGUGACACACAUUAUCCUUACAGGGGAAAGGAAAAAUAUGAAGCAAUAGGAUUUACCUGUUUAAUCUGUGAAUGAAUGUCUUCCAAAAUUUGACCUGCACCAUUUUUCUAUUCUUUCUGUCAUUGUUGAUAUCAAUAAACUGAACAAAUCUGUUGAA